CUAUGUACAAGUUCUCUGUCUCUGCGCGCUGUUCACGAGGUACCUACUGACUAUACUGCUGUCUCUUUCUGCUCUCCUUGCUUCUCUCUCAGUCGAUGCUGCUGCUGCUGGUGCUGAUGCCGGUACUGCUUGCUCCCCGUUAGCUCAUCACUCUCACGGCAGUUCGACGCCGGUCGCGCACUCAGCAUGGCUCGAUGUCGCUUUAUAUUUAUUCCACAAACCUGAGUUGUCUUUAAUCCGACCAACAAUAAUCCACCUUAAAGUUUAUUUAAGCUUUUGCUUUGUCGGGAAAAUUUCUUCGUAGAGCUGAGAUCAAUCUUGAUAUUGAAGCUCGAUUAAAAAGUGAUAAGACGAGAAGAGUGAAUCUUUAGUAUUUUGACUCGAGACUGGACCGUGUGUACUUAGCAACGUCAAACACCAGUGAGACUUAACCUCAAACAAAGAAAACUUGUACAAGUUUUGUUUCAUGGAAUAAUAUUUAAAUAAUUAAUUUGCGUACUGCUUUGUCGUUACGCGUUUUAUCAUUUUUUACGCUAAUUUAUUAUUAACUGUUUUUCAUUUUUAGAUAUUUAUAACUCUCACGGGUAAUUAUUACUAUAUUAUUAAUAAAAUAUAAACAUUGACUGUUUUUGUUGCUAGAGUUUAUUUUUGCGGUGAAAUUUAUGCAGGAAUCAACCAAGUAUGUUUAUGUAAAUAUGUGCGGAUGUUAUCUAACUCCAAAAAAUGAGUUUUUAAGUUACAAGUUACAGGUUGCAAGUAAUAAGACUGAAGACUUUAACGAGUAAUAUAUGUUAUAAGAGUACAUAUAUGGUUUGUUGAUAGUAAUAGCAUGUGCUGCUCCGAAGCGCUUAGUUGUUACGAUACAAGUUACAUUACAACUCCGUUUGUAUUUUAUUUACAUUAUCUAAAACACACUUGUAACACAGUGACACAAAAUGAUAUCGAUAAAAGUUUUUUAAAAAUGUCAAUGUGAUGGAACCGAAAGACAAAACGUCCGUCAGACUUCUUGGUGUUAUGGAAGAAGCGAGGUGCUGUGGACUUACAAAGAGGAUCAAUUUGCGGUGUUCGCACUGCCGUCGAACGGUGUAAAAAAAAGAAAGAUACUAAGCUGAGAAAGUACUGCAGCAGUAGGACUAGUACAUUAAGUUUAAUUGACAAGGAAGGUUGUUGUGAUAGGAAUACCAGUGGCCGAGGGAUAGUGCUACCACGAAUAAAAGUUACUGCAGCGUACACCAGUGUAACGCUUAAAUUUACGACUGGACAACUGGACCAUCGUAGUGUUGUCACUGCUACUGCUACUGUUACUGUUACUAUUACUAUUAAUACUACUACUACUACUACUGGUGCUUAUACUAGUGGUAUAAGUGGGGACCGAGGUGUAGGUGUAGGUGAGACCAGUGAGGGUGAGAGCCGCGACCACCGUAGUAGUGGGAAGUACAUUCAAGUGUACCCCUUGUGCAAGUACCGGUAACGGAUGGCCAUAUACCCCAUUCGAUAUCGCAAGCCACUGAAAUCCCCAAGUGGCCGCUGCCUCGCGUGACAUUUCAAUAAAAUUUAUUUUACCACUUUUACUCAAGUCUAUGUUACCUAAGCGAUACUUAUUCUCUAAAGAUUUAUCGUAAAAAAUAAAUAAACAAUAAAUAAAUAAAAAUAAAUAAGUAGCUUCGAAGACUUACAAGUUUUCUAAUGAAUUUUUAAAUGACUUGAAGUGCUGCUAAAAAUAUCAGUCGUAAACCAGAUGGGUUAGAAAAGUUUUCAACAACACGAAAUGGCGGUCGUGCCUCCACGACCGCGGGAAAAAAUAGAUCACGAUUUAAUUAUUGAAAAUUGAGGAAAACUGUUCCAACAAUAUGUAAUUGAAAAAUGAAUUUCAAGACUAGAAGAAAAUCAAUCGCCUAAAUUUGAACUAGUGUAGUAUUUUUAUAACAUAAUUUAAAUAUUUUUUCGUAUAUUAUAUCUAUGAUAAAUUUUGCUGAGGUUAGUUUUUUAUUUAUUCUCAAGAGAACGACGUAGAUAGCGACGAGCACUAGUAGCGAGGAUGUCAAGGUCGAGUGGCUGUCAGCAAUCAUUGAAAAGUGCCAUCGGCUUCACGGAUCAUUUAAGUCACUGAUGUGGAAUAGUCAGUUUGCAAAGUAGAAAACUCUUGUAUUUCUACUUAUACCGCACCCAAUACUGUUUUUUGUCCCACUCAAUGUGAUAGUAUUCUGUAUCAUAUGUAUAUACCUAUACAUCUAUAUUUAAUUGCACUAGACGACUGAAAGUCCUAUUGAAGGCUCCUAAGUGGAUCGUCUAAAACAAAGAAGAGUGCCAUUGAAGUCCCCUUCAUAACAAUAUAACAGCAACAACGAUACUGUACUGAGUGGUCACAAUGAAGAUUUCCGGGGUGGAAGCGAGUGUCCCAUUACUGGGUGCAAUGGCGCCCAGGUGUAUCGUCAAACAGGCCACGGUUAAACGGUGCGUCGCCGCGUUGCUUCUCGUCUCAGUGGCCAGCAUUUUUUAUUACACUCACUACGUUAUCAGCACGCCGCUGUCCAGUUUGAUCCAUCGGGACACGAGACCGGAACCAGCGAUAAGAUGUUCAACCCUGAGGGGUGCUACAAGACUACCGGUGGCUCCAGAUCAUCGUAGCGAAGCAAGAUUGAGGAUCGACCCAAAGGUUCUGGUCUUUGUUGAGACUCUCUACUCGAGGGUGGGUCGAGAGAUCGCCGAGUUGCUCGUUUACAAUCGGAUUAAAUACAAAGUAGAAGUAGCGGGUAAAUCAUUGCCAGUGCUGACGAACCUCGAUAAAGGGAGAUACGGUGUGCUAGUUUUUGAAAAUCUGAACAAGUAUCUUCAAAUGGACAAAUGGAACCGUGAGUUACUCGAUAAAUAUUGCCGCGAAUACUCUGUUGGAAUUGUUGGAUUUGCACCACCCGGUGAGGAGAGUCUUGUGGGCGCCCAAUUGAAAGGAUUUCCAUUAUUUAUCCACACGAAUUUACGACUCAAGGAUGCACAGCUGAACGCGGCCUCACCCAUCUUGAGGUUGACCAGAUCCGGCGAGACUGCCUGGGGGCCUCUACCCGGUGGUGACUGGACCAUUUUUCAACCAAAUGACAGCACGUACGAGCCACUAGCCUGGGCGUACCGAGACAGCCUCGACUAUACUAAUCAAAAAACUCCUCUUGCCACCGUGAUACAGGAUCACGGAAGAUAUGAUGGUAUACAGCGAGUGUUUUUUGGAAGCGGGCUCCGCUUUUGGCUCCACAAAUUACUCUUACUGGAUUCGCUUUCGUAUUUAUCACACGGACAAUUGAGCCUCAGUCUUAAUCGCAUGAUACUGGUGGAUGUAGAUGAUAUAUUUGUUGGUGAAAAAGGCACGCGAUUGAAGAAGGACGACGUUCUGGCGCUUUUGGCAACGCAACAAAGGAUCCAAGCGCUUGUGCCCGGGUUUAAAUUUAACUUGGGGUUUUCCGGAAAGUAUUUCCAUCACGGAACGUCCGAGGAGAAUCUGGGGGACGAUAUGCUGCUGGAGAACGUCGACAGAUUCUCGUGGUUUUCACACAUGUGGAAUCACCAACAGCCGCAUCUCUACGAGAAUGUAACUCAUCUACAAUUGGACAUGGGCCUUAAUAAGCAAUUUGCAAAGGAACACGGUAUACCGACGGUGAGUGGUUACAGUGUCAGUCCUCAUCACUCAGGAGUUUAUCCGGUACACGAGGGACUGUAUGAAGCUUGGAAACGAGUUUGGAACAUCAAAGUCACCAGUACCGAGGAGUAUCCACACCUGAGACCUGCUCGACUUAGGCGUGGCUUCAUUCAUCGCAAUAUUAUGGUUUUGCCACGACAAACUUGCGGGCUUUUUACUCACACAAUUUUCAUUGAAAGAUAUCCCGGUGGAAGAGACAAAUUGGAUGAAUCUAUACAGGGCGGUGAAUUAUUUCAGACCAUUGUUUACAAUCCAAUAAACAUCUUCAUGACGCACAUGUCCAAUUACGGUAAUGAUCGUCUGGCUCUUUAUACAUUUGAAUCGGUCAUUAAAUUCAUCCAGUGCUGGACAAAUCUACGGCUUUCGAGUGCCCCGCCGCUCCAAUUAGGAGAACGCUAUUUCCAAUUAUACCCUGAAGAGGCGGAUCCCGUUUGGGGAAAUCCUUGUGAUGACCCCCGACACCAAAAAAUAUGGUCGAAAAAUAAAACCUGCGAUCAAUUACCGAGGUUUCUCGUUAUUGGCCCGCAAAAAACUGGGACAACAGCUCUCUAUACAUUUCUCUCAAUUCACCCGGCAAUAAGCAGCAAUCUACCCAGUCCGGAUACUUUUGAGGAAAUUCAAUUUUUCAAUGGAAAAAAUUAUUACAAAGGACUCGAUUGGUACAUGAGUUUCUUCCCAGCGUCAAAAAACGAAAGCUCGCGGUAUUUGUUUGAGAAAUCAGCGACAUAUUUUGACGGAGAGUUAGUGCCACGACGAGCUCACGCGCUUCUACCAAAAGCGAAACUUGUAACGAUUCUGCUAUCACCAGCCAGAAGAGCGUACUCGUGGUAUCAGCAUACGCGUGCUCAUGGUGAUCCGGUGGCAAACAACUACAGCUUUCAUGCGGUGAUAACGGCAAGUGACACCGCUCCAAAACCGCUACGUGAUCUUCGCAACAGAUGCUUAAACCCCGGUAAAUAUGCUCAGCACUUGGAACGGUGGCUGUCGUACUACUUGCCUCAGCAGUUGCACAUUAUUGACGGGGAACAAUUGCGCCAGAAUCCCGUUGAAACGUUGCACGAGCUACAGCGAUUUUUGAAAAUAACACCGGCGUUUAAUUACUCAACUCACUUGAGGUAUGACCCAAAAAAAGGAUUCUUUUGUCAAGUCACUAAUGAAGAUCAUACAAAGUGCCUCGGCAAAAGUAAAGGUCGUCAGUAUCCCCCGAUGGAAGAUAGGUCGUACAAACUGUUGCAGAGGUAUUAUCUAUCUCACAAUACGGCAUUAGUUAAGCUCCUUAAACGACUCGGCUCACGGACCAUACCACAAUGGUUAAAGGACGAUCUCACGGAUACUGUGAUGACCUAGCAAACGUCGACUACUGAUUACUCAUGGUUCACCCUACCCUCUAUUUCUGAGACUUUUAAUUUCAUCACCCGGUGAUAAUAAAUUAAACAAAUGUUCAUUUUUUACUAUCGUUUUUAUCACAAUAAAAUAAACUCUACCAAAUCCAAUGAAUCUAUUGGUUGUUUAAAGCACUGGGAGUAGUGCUAGCUCUAUGUGUGCAUUAAAAUACUGCUGGCGUAUCUAAACGAACAGGUCAAAUGAUUAAACUCUGUGUGCUUCGACACGUUGGUCAAAUACCUAGUCAGUAAUACGGUGACUGAAUCAGUAAAUAAUCUACCUUCAUGUACAUACCUAUAUGUAUGCCGAUAGUUAGUUAAACAAUUAAUGUUUAUCGCGCGAUUUACAUCAUUGUAAUAAUAGUAAUUUUAAUCAACAGACUUUAAUGUUAUUGCGAUCAAUGGUGUGUAAUUAACGUACAUUGCAAGUGCCAUUUUUUUUUAUAUUUUUUUUACCUGACUGUUAAGACUAAAACGUCAAUUUUUGCUGACAUCAAGUUGCAAGAUUUGAAAAUAAUUGUAUAAUAUUAAUAAUAAGAUAUUGUUUAUUAUCUUUUAAUUGUAAAAAAUAUUUUUUUUAAUUAUUGUACUAUUUAAGAUUUAACCUUUAAGUUGAAAAUCAUGUUAUUAGAGUACAUUAUUGGUUUAAAAAUGUAUCAAAUUAAAUUAUUAUUGUACUGAUUUUUUUGUACAUUUUAAAAUGUAAUGAUUGACAUUUAUUUACGCUGUCAUUUUCGUAGAUAGAUAAAAUUAUAAUAUAUAUUAUAGUAAUAAUUGCUGCAGUUACUGAGUAUGUAAAUGUUUGAAAAUACUGACCACAAAUGAUGUAUAUUUUGACAAUAUUGAUUAUAACUGUGACAAUUAUGAAAACCGAUGCAGAUAUUACCGCUUAUGUAAAUUAUUGCAAUGUGCAUAAUAGUCGAAUGUCAAUAUUGAUGUCUAUUAAAUUGUUAUAAUGUUUUUUAUGUGACUAAAUAGUCGUAUACAAAUUGGAAAAUUAUGAAUUUUCGACUAUUGAUAAUAUCAAUUGUAUUGGAGCUAUUUUUUCGUUCUUAGGUAAAUUAACUAUAAAUAUAUUAAUGUAAAAAUAAAAUAUUAAUUAAUUAUGUUGAAAAGGUAAUUUUCAACGGUUUAAAAACGUCCAUUGUACAGUCCAAAGAUAAGAUUUUUUUGUAUUUAAUUUUUUAAACUCCAUUUAUUUCUAGUAAAUAUUUAUAAAAGAUCAUGUUAAUGUAAUAAAAUAUUAACGAAAUUGUAAAUUAAGUUUUUAAGUUUAGU